GGAGGAGGCGGAGGCGGAGGAGGAGGAAGCCUCGCGGGCCUUGACCGGCGUUGGCCCGCAGCCUCCGCGUCGCCGCCGCGCCCGAUUGGCCGCCGCUUCUUCUGGCCCGGCCCGGCCCGGCCUUGGCCCGCUGGGGGCUCGGCGGCCGCGGCUUCCGUAUUCAGGGCUGACUCCUGGCUCCAUGCACAGGGAUUCUAUCUGGCAGGCUUGGGGAACCUUCUGGGAUACCAGGGAUCGAGCCUGGAUAAGGCCACAAUGCAAGAAGACAGAACACUAAUGCAUUUGAGAAAGUGAUAAAGUUUGGGGGGGGAGGGGGAAAAUCCUACUUUCCUGAUCUGCAAUUUGGCUGGAUGCUAAGAUGUCUGUGGACAUGAAUAGCCAGGGAUCUGACAGCAAUGAAGAAGACUAUGAUCCAAAUUGUGAGGAGGAGGAAGAAGAGGAGGAAGAAGAAGAUGAGGACCCUGGGGACAUUGAGGACUAUUAUGUGGGAGUAGCCAGCGAUGUGGAGCAGCAGGGAGCUGACGCCUUUGAUCCUGAGGAAUACCAAUUUACUUGUUUGACCUACAAGGAAUCGGAGAGCGCCCUCAACGAACAUAUGACCAGCUUAGCUUCUGUCCUAAAGGUAUCUCAUUCAGUUGCUAAACUUAUAUUAGUUAAUUUCCACUGGCAAGUUGCAGAGAUUUUGGACAGAUACAAAUCUAAUUCUGCUCAGUUGCUUGUUGAGGCUCGAGUUCAACCCAAUCCAUUGAAACAUGUAACCACGCCCCAUCCCUCUCACCAUUGUGCAGUGUGUAUGCAGUUUGUGCGUAAGGAAAAUCUACUCUCUCUGGCGUGUCAGCAUCAGUUUUGCCGCAGCUGCUGGGAGCAGCACUGUUCAGUACUUGUGAAAGACGGUGUGGGUGUGGGAGUCUCUUGCAUGGCCCAAGACUGUCUACUUCGAACUCCAGAGGACUUUGUUUUUCCAUUGCUGCUCAGUGAAGAAUUAAGAGACAAAUACAGGCGCUACCUCUUCAGGGACUAUGUGGAGAGUCAUUAUCAGCUCCAACUGUGCCCUGGUGCAGACUGCCCCAUGGUUAUCCGAGUACAGGAGCCCAAAGCUCGCCGUGUACAGUGCAAUCGGUGUAACGAGGUCUUCUGUUUCAAGUGUCGUCAGAUGUAUCACGCUCCCACAGACUGCGCCACCAUCCGGAAAUGGCUCACGAAGUGUGCAGAUGAUUCUGAAACAGCUAACUACAUUAGUGCUCACACUAAAGAUUGUCCCAAGUGCAACAUCUGCAUUGAGAAGAAUGGAGGCUGCAAUCAUAUGCAAUGCUCCAAGUGUAAACACGACUUCUGCUGGAUGUGUCUAGGAGAUUGGAAAACCCAUGGCAGUGAGUACUAUGAAUGCAGUCGGUACAAGGAGAAUCCUGACAUUGUCAACCAGAGUCAACAGGCCCAAGCCCGAGAAGCCCUCAAGAAGUACUUGUUCUACUUUGAGAGGUGGGAAAACCACAACAAGAGCUUGCAGCUAGAGGCACAGACAUACCAGCGGAUUCAUGAGAAAAUUCAGGAGAGGGUCAUGAAUAAUCUGGGAACCUGGAUCGACUGGCAGUAUCUGCAGAAUGCUGCCAAGCUCUUGGCCAAGUGUCGCUACACCCUGCAAUAUACCUACCCAUAUGCAUACUACAUGGAGUCUGGACCCAGGAAGAAGCUGGCCCUGCCCGGCUACAGUCCCUCUCCUUUUGACCCUCCUGCUCUACCCAUACAGUUCGAAUACCAGCAGGCUCAGCUGGAGGCUGAGAUUGAAAACCUGUCGUGGAAAGUGGAGCGUGCAGACAGCUAUGAUAGAGGGGACUUAGAGAACCAGAUGCACAUCGCAGAACAGCGGAGAAGAACCCUGCUGAAGGAUUUCCAUGACACCUAGCUUGGGACGUGAAAGUGCUGGAAGGAGGAAGAUGUGGCUGCAAAGUCUCCCGGCUGCCAUACUGCAUGCUGUAGGCGCUGCCUUUCACGACCCCGGGCAACAGCCAGGGCCCCACUCCUGAGAGACACUGGCCGCACACCUCUGAAUCAAUUUGUUUUCUUCUCAUCUUUCACUUUUUGUUUCUACCAGGGUAGAGGCGACAUUGAAUCGGUCUCUUUUCAGGACUUUUUAUUCCCCCUAGGUGGUUAUUGGGAGGGAGGGAAAGUUUUAUUUCUGAAUGACUAUUACUAGUAUUAGAUCAUCACAACUUAAUGUAAUUUUCAAAGGUUGUUCAAUUAUAUGAAAAGGGGGCGAUCGAACCAUAGAAUGACAUAGAACCCUUUUAAAAAAUAAAUUGGCAUUGGAGUGUUUUACCCUUUAGCUAUUUUACUUAGAAUGUAACAUACGCUGCCCACCCACCCUGCCACGGAAUGUCUCCCACAAGAGGGCUUCGGGGUGGUCUGUGGUUUUCACAUUCACAUGUGUUGGGGCCCCGCUGGAGUCCAAAGGAAGAACUUGGGUGGCAGUAGUGGGGGCGGAGCUGGCCUGUGGAACACAGGGAAUCCCAUCAUGCCUUCUGCCUGUCCUUUUAGAUCUUUUUAUGGUCUGCUGUACCUUGGCAGAACAGGGUCUUUCCACCUCUUGUCAUCUCUGAUGGUGCUGCUUGUCUGUAGGCACAUCUUUAUUUUUAAAGUGAAGUUUACCUGGAUCUGGCCGCUAAGACCAAAACCCACAGCAGAAUAUACAGACGCAGGCUUGUGGGACUCCAGACCAGGGACUAUGCGUUCGGGACAGUUUCCUUCUGUCUCCUGAAAAUAAGAAACUAAAUGAGAUUAAAGGAAAUUCUUGCCCCCUAAUAAAUUUGUUUUACCUUGGUCCUUUAUUUUGUGCCAGUGUUCUAGUGGUAUAACUGACCAGGUUUACAUGUAGCCAUAACUAACACUUGCUACACUCUCCCCCAGUGAUCUUCAGGGUCAGAAUUCAGCAUGGUCUGCCUCAGGAGCCAGGUUUGUACCAGUUGUUUUCAUAUUUCCUUGAGUUUCUCCAGCAGCUGCCUUGGGUGUCAGUGCUCUCUCCUCAUUCCAGCUGGUGGGAAGAUGCCACGUCUAGGGCCUGGGCGUAUGAAUCUAGGUGGGUGCCUGGGUGGUGGUCCCGACUCCUAUGGUAGAGGGACAGGCCUGGGAAGAGGACCAGUUUUUGGACAAUUGAGUGCAAAGGAGAAAGUGACUCGUAUGCUUUCCCACCUGUCCUAAACCUGAUCCCAUAGGCUUUUGAAGACCUAUAUCUGACUCCUGAGGGUUUCUGUGACUUUAUUCAGUACGUAAAUCUUGCAGAGCUGUCUACUCAACAGGUCUUCCUCCACCUUCUGAAAGAGUUACUGAGAGGCCUAUGAAUAUUAUAUUGGAAAUUCUUUGAUAGAUAUUGUCACCUUCAAUCAGCAGUUCCCCAGAUACAUUGUAAGCUGUAAAGAUCGAAUCACUCUGGAAAAGAAAACAGCUCUGGCUAUUGGGGUCACGGAGCACAUGACUAACUGUCUGCUUCCUUUCUCCCCAUCAAGUUUUUGUCUCUUCCUGUUCUCUCCAACAAGGGAGGGACUAUGGGGAAAAGAGGGAGGACAAGUUAGGAGUGGAAGAAACUAAUCCAGACAUGGACUGUGAAUGAGUGCUUGCUGCAAGAUCUACGGCUGGAUUACGAAUGCUUGUCGGCCCAUGGAACAUCCUGGCAUCUGGAGGACCUGAGUUCAGCCCUGCACCUUAAAUCACUCUGGGCAUCUCUGGGCGAUUUUUGGACUGUACAGCUACCACAUAGUGCACUUGCAUCAGCUGUGGCCCCAACCACUGGAGCUGCAGAAGGUACUGUGCUCAGCCCACAGCCUGCAGCCUGCAGCCUUGACCUGUGGAGAACUUCCUUUUGUGCCCCGAGUGGCUGUCCUUUGUCAACAUCAUCAGAAUGUUGGAAAAGUUCUGGUGGAAUUUUUCUGCCCUACAAAGGAUAGAAGAAGAUAAAGGCACAGUGUUUUCAUGAAUUUACCAUGUACCUUUGUUUUUCUUCAAAGAAAAGGUUAAUUGAGGCAAUGUCAUCUACUCAAAAGUUGAGUGGUUUAUUCAAAAUAAAUUGAAAAAUUCUGAUUA